AUGGAUUUCGAUGAGGUCCUCAUCAAAGUUGGUGAGCUUGGUCGCUACCAGAAGAUGCUCUUCCUCUCCGUCUGUGUUCCCGCGGCUUUCCCAGCGGCCAUAACGAUCUUCAGUCCUAUCUUCAUAUCAGACGUGCCCGGGCACCAUUGUCAUCCGACGGUGACUUCGAACAAAGCAAACCUUUUCUACAAAAGCUUGGCGCCAGAAGAGGAUUAUAGGAGCGCACUGAAUGCCCUUUUCCUGCCGCGUGACAGUGAAGGGAGCUUCGUCCGAUGCCAACAGUAUGAUGUCGAUGCAGAUACUGUCAUCGACCAAGUGGUAUCGCACAACCAGGUCAUAAACUCGACAACUCUGAGCGCCUUCGUCGCGAAAAAUCGCUGGGCGUCUGUUCAAUGUCUCAAUGGUUGGGAUUACGACACAGGAGAGUACAGCGAGACCCUGGCAACUAAGUUCAACGUCGUCUGCGACCAGGAAUGGCUCAUCUCGACUGCCCAGAGCUGCUUCUUCUUGGGGGGCACUGUGGGGAGCGUAUUCUUCGGUUGGAUCUCGGAUAAAUGGGGCCGCAGACCCGCGUUGCUUCUGGCCACGGGCCUCAUGGUAGUUGGAAAUAUCAUGGAGAUCUACCCGCCUGACUAUCUGGCCUACAUAAUUAUGAGAUUCGGGCUCGGUUUUUCUUACGCGAGCGUUUACAAUCUCUCUUUUCUGAUCGUGGCGGAGAUGAUCGGCUCUUCGAAGCGCAUGCUAUCGUCCGCAGUUUGUAAUAUCGCGUUUUCGUUCGGAAUGAUGCUGCUGGCCUACGUUGCGCAUUUGGUCGAUCAUUGGCGAAGCCUGAAAGCGGUGGUCUCGCUACCGAUGCUGCUUCUCAUCGCUUACUAUUGGGUCGUGCCGGAAUCUCCUCGAUGGCUCAUUUCCCAACGCCGGAUAGACGAAGCGGAGAAGAUUGUUCGAAAAAUGGCGGACAGUAACGGGGUUACUCUGGAGUCUAAUUUUUUGCGGAACAACUUGGCCGAGGAAUUCACUUCCGCUGCUCCCAGCACUCAAAAGUCGAUCAAGGUGGGACUUUCUCUGCUUCUCAUGUACCCGAGGGUCACAAUCAAAAUACUCGUCAUGGCAAUCGUAUGGACCGUCACCGGAAUGGUCUAUCAAGGAAUGAGUUUCGCCGUGCCUGAGCUCCCAUCGAAAACUUACAUCGCAUUUUUCCUGUCGGCUUUGUGUGAAGUUCCGGGAAUUCUGUUUGUCUGGGCCACGAUGCAGAGUUUGGGUCGAAGGAGUUGCAUGUGUGGGAGCCUAGGCGUGAGCGGAAUUUUCUCGAUUGCAACGGCUUGCGUUUCGUUCGAUUUGCCAUGGCUUGCUGUCCUCCUCCCUUCACUCGCGAAGUUGGCCUCGACCAUCACCUUCACUGUGAUGUACAUACUAUCGGGUGAACUUUUCCCAACAGUCAUAAGAGGUUUCGCCUUCGGCGUGGCCUCGACGGUAACGCAACUGGGCCUGGUCAUCCUUCCCUACAUCUUAUACUUGGGAAAAAUCUACGGGAGACCGGUUCCGUUCGUGAUCCUCGGGAUUCUCGCUGUACUCACCGCCUUCUUGAUACUAACGCUUCCGGAAACGCUGAACGUGCCCCUCCCGACAACUCUAGAGGAAUCCGAGAACUAUCAAGAGUACGCAAGGAAGAAGCGGGAGACGAGAAAGACGCCGAGAAGCCCUAAAUGAAUAUCGUAAUGAAGUCAUUAUCUAUUUAUGGACUGCGUCGGAUUUGUAAACUCGGAGUUAAUCGAUAGGUACCCGGAGACUCAGUCCCCCGAUUCAGACUUGCUCUCACGGGUCAUUUUGUAAUAGGACAGCGAUAUGCAUUUCCUCCCUCGAUGCCGGGAAGGUCUAAUUCUAGCCUAAUUCUCCGGAGAGAGGCGGACAUGCUUCAUGGGGCCUGAGACAUCAGACCCAUCCGUGUAAAGUUGUAACUUUGUCUGGAACAUAGAAUAAAGCUCUGCCGAUAGAUUCCCGCAUCUCGACGGGGAAUCCCGGACGGAUUGUGAAGACUCUCUUUGAAUGCU